AUGUUUUAUAAAAUUGUCUUUUUAUUCAUUAUUAGUGGAUAUGUAUUUGGAGCACCAAUUUUUAAUGAAUCUCUUCAAUUUCGUAUUGUUGAAUGUAUUCCAGGUGAUAAUGAAACAUUAGCAAAACAUAUCAUUGAAAUAACAAAUAUUAAUGAAACAUGUAUUCGAGUUAAUGAAUCAACAAUUACAAAUAAUCAAAUUUAUUUAUAUGUUGUUCCCGAAACUGAAUAUGGAGUCAAAGUUCAAAUCAAAACGGAAAAUUGUUCAUCACCACUUCCUGAAUUACAUUUUAGUUUAUGUGAUGAACCAAAUAAUCUAAAUCAAACAGAAAAUAUGGCCACAUUUCAUUAUGAAAAGAUCACUGUUUCAGAUUUAUCUAAUGAAGAAAAUAAUUCAACAACAACAACGAUUUCUCCAAUGUUUUAUACAGGUCCAACUGUUUAUGAAACAUUACAUCAGUUAAAUGACGAUGAUGAUGAUGACCAUGAAGUUACAACAAAAAUAAAUGAUUCAAGUGAAGAAUAA